AUGGAGAAGGCCAUCAACCGACUACUCAGCAAGCGGAAGCAACGGGAGAAUGACCGCCCUAUCCCUGAAGACCUCGCCGUCGUUGCCUCCAAGGAGCAGCUCGAACAAGACCUCGGCCGCGCUGCCCGCCUGGAGCUGAAAAGACAGGGACUGAUGAUCGAGGGGCUCCGUGUCAAAACCGUGUUCCUCGGCGGGCUCACCCGCCUCAGCAAGCGCUCCAAGAUUUUCGCGAGCGUUCGGGCGGGCGGGGGCAAGCCCGAGGGCGGUCUCCUGCGGAACGCGCAGAGGCAAGGGCAGCGGGGGAGGCCAAUCGACCAAGCGAAGCAGGUCGUGGGCAAGGCGGCGGGCGAGGAGGCGGGCGGGGCGGCGGGAGAGCCGGAGGGCGAGGCGCAGGGAGGAGUGGGGGGCGAGGCGAGGGAAGGGGUGGAGGGCGGGGAGAGACGAGUGUGGGGGGUGGGCAAAGCGGUACACGGACGGAGGUUGGGGGGCGCGGUUGUGGUGGGCGUCAGGAAGGGCGAGACGGGCGUGGCCAGGGACAGGGUGGCCGGGGCCGCCCCGCUGGUGCUCGCGUCCAAGGACGCCGAGAGGGGCGGUGGUUCCCUUGGUUCAGCCGCCGCCGCCGCCAGCCCCUAUUUCUUCUCGAGGACGGCAACGGACCCCGACAACAAUCGUUGA